GAGCUUCCUUCGAGCGCGUUCUGUACUUGACUGCUCAGCCACUCAAAUCUCCAGCUGCUUGACUACCAAACAAGUCCUCUACACCACGUCGCGGACCCCUUUCGAAUCUCUGGUCGAUUGACCUCACAGCAAGUUGUAUGAUGGAGGCUUGCUAGAUUGGUUCUAGACUGGAUUACAAUGCCUUCUCUUCCUGUGGCCGGAAGUGGCUUUCAAGCCAUAAUCCUCUGCGGCCCUGGAGUCUCUCUAACAACAUUCACGAGCUCUCCCGAAACUUAUCCAAAAUGCCUGGUCAACAUCGCCAACAAACCAAUGAUAUACUACCCCAUAGACUGGUGUCGAAGAUCAGGAAUUACCGAUAUUACAUUGAUCACACCUCCUUCCUCUCUCGCUCCUAUCCAAGCCGCUCUACAACAAAACCCACAUCUAACAUCACUCCCCUCGCCAUCAGCGACCGUCAUAGCCCCGAAAGACCUUGAGAUGACAAUGGGAACGGCCGAGUUGCUCCGCCUACCGGAAGUCCAAGAGUGCAUAAAAACCGAUUUCCUGCUUCUUCCCUGCGACCUCGUCUGUGAAAUCCCCGGUGAAUCUAUUCUUGAUGCGUGGAUGGUGACCCAGAGUGCUCUUGGAGCCGGUAAUCCCACUCGAGAGGGUCGUAGCUCCCACAGUGUGAUUUCUUCGGGCCCGGGUGGUGAGCAGGGUGGCCGUCGCGGUGGCCUGGCGCUAUACUAUCAGACAGAUGGCCGGGAGGAUAGCGUCAAAGGCGAAGCUACCGACUUUGUAGCUAUUACACCGCUCAAGCAGGAUGAGGCCCCAGCAGUACCACACUUAGUCGAUGGACCGGCGGCUUUACGAUUCGGAUUAUCGAAGUUAGUCAUGUCAAUGCCUAUGGAUACCGUCAAGGAGAAAAUAGAGCAGAAUAAAGGGUUCCUUGUUCGCCAUUCUUUGAUUAAGAAAUACCCGGAGGUCAAGAUGCUCACGAAGUACCGAGAUGCACAUGUCUAUUUACUACCGCUAUGGGUACGGGAUUGGGCUCGUCAACAAGAGAAGCUGGAGUCAGUCAGUGAAGAUCUUAUUGGCUACUGGGCUAAGGCGGGAUGGCAGCAAGGCUUAGAUGAAAAGCUAGGAAUGAACAAGAUCUUCCAGCAGGACAGCCGCGAAAGUCAUGAAGAUGAAUCAUUAGAGGAAGAGAUCGAUCUUCGGAAUAUAAGCACCACCAAGGCUGGCUUAAACUCUGAAUCCCCCUUCGAUGCGUCCGGCGACAAGACCCCAUUGUCAGACUCUGGUAUCGAGACUUCUAAAUCCACCAAACUACCACAGUUACUAGCCUACGUGCAACGAGGAUCCGCCCCAUUCAUUCGACGCGUUGAUAGCUCUGCGGUUUUACUCUCGACAUCCCUUCUUCUAGCUAAGCUAGAGUCGAUCGAGGAGGUUGGCCGUCAGGCAGCGUCACCUUUUGCCCAUAAUCAGAAAAUUGCCUACCCUGAGGGUAUAGCCCAGCGCUGCACAGUCACAAAAAGCGAUUGCCUGCUUGCCGAAAACGUGACUGUAGAGCCGACUUGUGUUAUUAAGGAGAGUGUUAUCGGUCCCAACUGCUACAUCUCCAGCGGCGCACGGCUCACUCGCUGCGUGCUGAUGGAUGGAGCUGUGGUUGAGUCUAGGGCUCAGCUAACGGGCUGCAUAAUUGGCCGACGAGCUAGAAUUGGUCGUGAAUCCGUGCUGAAGGAUUGUGAGGUCCAGGAUGCUAAUGUCGUUCCCGAGGAAACGGAUGCUAAGAACGAGAAAUUCAUGGUCUUUGAGGGCCUAGACGAGGGAGAAGAGGAUGAUGACAUGGAACCUUCAGAGGGGUUUGAUGACUAGAAUUAUCAGUUUAAAAAAAAGAAUAUCUAUUGAACGAGUUAACGUUAG